AUGGCUGCGCACAUAGCAGCACUGGCUACCUUUCGAUGCACGCCUCGACACUUUUCAGAUGACGACGCAGAAAACAGCGUCUCGGCGGAGCCCGAAAACAACUCGGACGCUGAUGACGAUGCGACGGGCAACGAGGCAUGGGCCGACGUGCUUGGCAAGCUGCUUCGCUCGAAGCCGCCCCGGACAAAGACGCCGAUCUUAUUCAAGGCUAAGAAGGAUGCGCAGAUACGUGUCAAGGAGGCACCGACACCUGUCGAGGUUGUCGACGACGAAGGUGAAGUAAAGCCCCUGGAAACGCAAAAGGAGAAACGGCCGGAAGAAGCGCUGUACAUCUCCAAAAGAGCGCUUCGAGAGAGAAACGAAAAGAAGCGAAAAUGGGAGGAGAUGUCUCGGAGCAAGCCAGAAUCUGGCGAGAAGGAGAGGCACCUUGCACGCCUCGCAACCAAGGGUGUUGUGCAGCUCUUUAAUGCUGUCAAGAAACACCAGAAGGAAGUGGAGGAAAAACUCCGUGCUGCCGGGGAGUCUGAGACUCGGCGAGACAAAGUCAUGAAAACGUUGAGUAAAGGUGCCUUCCUGGACAUGCUCAAGGACAAGCAGGAAAAGCCACAAGACAAACCGGAGACGUGGACUAUUCUGCGAGACGACUUCAUGCUCGGUGCAGACAUGAAGGAUUGGGACAAGCAAGAUGAGGAUGAUGAAACUGUAAAUAAAGACUAGUAAUAUUGAA